ACGCAAACUGCCGCUGCGCUGAAAUUUCCUUCUGCGCAUGAUGACGCGCCUGCCGCGCCGCGCCGCACCGCUCAGCUAGCAGCGGCAGCGGCAGGAAGUGAAGCGGCUGCUGAAGCGGCGGCAGGGGGACGGAGCCAAGAACCAAAAGUCGGUGGUAGAAGAGGCGGUGGAAGAAAAUAACCAUGCCUAAUCCGUGAAACCAGCAAAUUGUGCAUCUCCACGCCGUGCAUCGUUCACCUGGCGGGCGCAGAGGCCAUUUGAGGGUGAUUCCUCAUUGGCUGGUGUGACCCCCACAGGCCCGCCUCCUCCCAAGGUGGGCCCUGAUUGGCUGGACCUGCACUGAUGGCUCUAGGGGAGUAAAUGGCCACCGCUGCCGCCACCCUCAGCUGAAGAGCUAAGCCCCGCUGUGUCCUCCCCUGCCUCCCUAUCAUCACUGUUCAUUGCUUUGUUGUGAACCGUGAUUCCCUCCAACCGAUUUGCUGUAGAGUACUAUGGCAAUGCAUGAUAUGAGUCGUGCCAAGGGUUUCCCCUGUAAAGAAUGUGAUAUGGUUUGCCCGAGUACUCCAAGUCUUCUAGAGCAUAUGAAAGCACAUUAUCAGCAAGAAGAGACCGGACGUUUUGAGUGUGAACAGUGUGGCCGAAUCUACAAGCACGCAGCUAGCCUAGCCAAUCAUAAAAAGUCUCACGAAGUAGGUUCAUUCCAGUGUCCCGUUUGUACACGUACGCUGCCCAACGCGGUGGCAUUAAAGAACCACCUGCGGAUCCAUACUCUGUCCCCCAGUAGUGCCCACGCAGAGGAAGAGAACGAAGAAGUGCCUGAAGAAGCGGGCCACGACGAGAGGGAGUACGGCCUCGCCCAGGACCUCUCCGACGGGUUUGGGCGCUCCCAUUUGAACAAUAGUGGUAUGGGACAUAGUGUCCUGCAAAGCCACGACACAGACGACCACGGAAAGAAAGGCUCCCCUGAAUCUGACGACGCGUGGGACAGACCAUUCAAGUGUGACCAGUGUGACCGAACCUACCGGCAUCACGGUAGUCUGGUGAACCACAAAAAGUGUCACCAGCAAGGAACUUUUAAGUGUUCUGUGUGUUUUAAACAAUUUAGCAACCUGGCUGCCUUAAACAGCCACGAGAGAACUCAUUCGAAGUUCAAGACUCCCGGGGCCUCCAUGGUGAGCAGCAGCAGUAGCAGCAGCAGCCUCCAUGACUCGGAGCGCAGCGCUGGCACCCAGUCGUCCCAGAGUGACGACACUGCCUCCUGUUUCUGCCACCUGUGCCAGGUAGCACUGCCAAACAAGGCAGACUUCCAAGAGCACAUCUUGCUGCACAACACGGCUUCACCUUCCCUUGGCCUGCCGCGCAGCUUCCCAGGCAUUAUGCCUCACAAUCUAAGUGCGGUACGGUCCCCGGCAUACACCCCAGCCUUGGGAGACCCUCUGCCCUUGCCGCCCCUGCCCACUGAGAAGAGAGGUCCCUAUGACCCCAUAAUGGGCCCUCCAGUGAAUAACCCCAUCUACACAUGUGCUUAUUGUGGCGCGGGACACCCAGAUCUAGAGACCCUGAAAGUCCACUAUCUAACCCAUGAUCCCCACCCGGCCUCCCACAGUCAGGACAGCUCCAUCCUCAACUCGGACACUCUAAGUUCUGGAUCACAAGGCUCAGUGUCUUCGCCAUCUGGAGGCCGAGUGCCUCAGGCUAACUCUCCAGAUGAUGGUGAACGACGCUUCAAGUGUGGGGAGUGUGGCAAAAGUUACCGGCAUGCAGGAAGCCUCGUCAACCACAAACGCUGUCAUCAGACAGGCCACUACCAGUGCACCAUCUGCUGCAAGCAGUACCCACACCUGGCGGCACUGCAUAGCCACUUACGGAGCCACAAAGGGCGUCCCUCCAACCAGCCUAUAAACAAUGACAGUAAUGACUGGCUGUCGCCAGAGCCGCUAACUCUAGACUCUCAGCAAAGCUAUGUCCAGGAAGGCAGUGGUGCAACAACUCCGAUCUCACUACCAGGAAAUCUGGGUGAUGCUGCACAUUUUGUGCCAGAUGGAGGCCAUAGCAGUGGGUUGGACUCUCUUGAGUUCCACGACCGCUUUGAUGGCAGCUCGCUGUCCCAGAGCAGCUCUGCUCACCGACAGGCCGACCGACAUGUGUGUGCCGACUGUGGUGAAAUGUACGGAGAUGUAUCUGGCAUCAAGUCACAUAUGUGUCCCCGCCGUGGCCAACAGCAACAGCAGCCACAGCAGGGCAACAUGUCCAACGGUUUUAUGGGGAACAUGAACUACCACAGUUCAGGUGGAACCUCGCUGCCUGCUGGGAGUUCCAGCAGCAUGAAAGAAGGUAGCAGCCAGCGGCAGUACUCCCAGAGUGGAGGCAAGAGAAUGGGGAGCAAUGACAAAGAUGAUGAUGACGAUGGAGAAGUGUAUCAGUGCUCAGUGUGUGGCAAUCAUUAUGCUAGCCUCAGAGCCCUCAGGAGCCACCUGCGUAGCCAUGCCAACAACCCAACUGGGCCAGGGCCUUCCAACCCAGAGCAGGAGUGGAGGAUGAUCUGCUCUACUUGUGGACAGAGCUUUUCCAGGAAGCAAGACCUGCUGAAUCACCAGUUAGUCCAUGGCCCCCAAAGGCCAGAUGGCCAGCAACAGGGUAUUGGAGGCAGUUCAGCAAAUGGCAAUGAGAAAAUGGAUGGUCGCAACCACAUUUGUGUUGAUUGUGGCAUGUUUUUUGCUGACCGACACCACCUGAUCACUCACUUGUGCCCUGGAAAGAAUCGAGCCAGCUCGCUGAACAAGCCAGGCCUAAAUGGAGCCAAAGGGAUGUCUGGAGGAGAUGGCGUGGGUGGCGGGGUUGCUGGAGGAAGCCGGGAUGUUGGUGGUGAUGGACGUAGGCCAAUGGUUGACCAAAGUGACAAGCCCCACAAGUGCGACCAAUGUGGACGAGGAUACAGACACCCUUGUUCCCUCCUCAACCACAAGAAGUCCCAUAAGACUGGAGUUUUCCGCUGCCUGGUGUGCCAGAAACGCUACUACAAUCUGCUGGCUCUGAAGAAUCACCAAAGGACCCACUUUGACCUAAAGAGGCACAAGUGUGAAGAAUGUGGCAAAGCCUUCAAGAUCCAAAAGCAGUUGAUUAACCACCUCCGUCUCCAUGAGGAGCACCGGGCCAAAGGUCUUGUACGGACCGGCCCAAAUGGUUCCCGCUUCCAACAGCCUGGCCCAUCUCAAAUGCAGACUAUGAGAGGGGAGUCAUCAAAGGGCCAGGUGAUGGGGGUGAAAUACAGCCACCAGGGCUUCAAAAAACCUUACUCUUCGGCGGGUACUUCCAGGCCUCAGAAGUUUGACCCCGCUGAAAGUGGACGGCGACCGUUUGCCUGUGAAGAAUGUGGGAAGACCUACCGCCAUGCAGGCAGCCUGGCCAACCACAAGAACCUUCACAAAAUUGGGGAGUAUCACUGCAACGUUUGCAAUUCCACGUAUCCUAACAGACUGGCAAUGAAAAACCACCUCCGCCUCCAUUUCGCCCAGAAGAAGCACAACUGCCAAGAGUGCGGCAAGGGCUUCCGCACCCAAAGGCAACUUGCCACCCACACUACAGCCGGCCUGUGCAAAGGGCCACAGGGCCCCGGAGCCCAGAUGGAUUUUGAGUGCGAUGGCUGCUGUGAAGGCUUUGCCACGGCUGAUGAACUCGCAGCUCAUGACUGCCCAGCCCAGCACCUGCCUUCGUCCUCUUCCACCAACACCUCCACCAACAUUAGCUUGGAGAGAAGCUCCGUGGACUUGGACUCUGAUGAAAGACCCUAUGCCUGUGACCUCUGCAGCUGCGCCUACAAACAUGCCAGCUCCCUGCUGAACCACAAGCACACCCACAAGACGGGCAACUUCCAUUGCAACUUCUGCAACAAGCCCUACACCAACUACAUGGCGCUGCGUAACCACAUGCGCAUCCACACACAACGUAAGAAGCACAUCUGUCACACAUGCGGGAAAGCCUUCCGGCUUGCCAGGUUCCUCCGCAACCACCAGAAAGUCCACGAGGAGGGUGCUACACCGUUCGGCUGCCCCACCUGUGGGAAGAGUUUCCAGGGGAGAUCCGGUCUGGCCAGGCACCGCUGCGGGGACAACCAGGUAGGCAUGGAAGUCAGGAGGAAGGCCACUGCACCCACGGGAGAGGGCGAAGAGUGUCGGUACACAUGUGAUCAGUGCGGCCGUUCCUACCGCCAUGCCAGCUCCCUCCUCAACCACAAGAACACCCACACUGUUGGCAUCUACCACUGCGCCGUGUGCCUCAAGACCUACUCCAACCUGCUCGCACUAAAGAACCAUCGCCGCAUUCACUCAGAGACGCGGCGCCACCGUUGCCACGACUGUGGAAAGGCCUUCCGUGUUUCCUCUCAACUCUACAACCACCGACGUGUCCACCAGAAGCAGCGGGAGCUGACCUGCCGGUCCUGCCAACGAGCAUUCCCCACACAGGCUAGCUUCAGGCUACACAUGGAGAUCACCCACGGCCAGGCGCCACAGCCCCGCCAGCCCAGACCCCAGCAGCCCCGUCCGGGGGGCUCCCAGGAGCUGGGCUGGGGGUCUGGACUGGACCUCACCUUGAUGCAAGAGCAAGGACUUGACCCCGGCAGCAUGGCCAAAGCCCGUGGUCGAGGGGGCAGCAGUGAGGUUAUUAAGUCCCACGUGUGCGACCAGUGUGGGCGGUCUUAUCGCCACGCCAGCUCCCUGCUCAACCACAAAAACAGCCACAAAACCGGAACCUACUUCUGCAACUCUUGCCAGAAGGAGUUUCCUAACCUAAUGUCCCUCAAGAACCACCGGCGUAUCCACACCGAGCCCAAGCAUUAUCAGUGCCCUGACUGCGGGAAGUCCUUCCGGGUGUCCACGCAGCUCAUCUGCCACCGUCGUAUCCACACCAAGGAGAAGCCGUUCUCCUGCCAGCAGUGCGACAAGCGCUUCUCCUCCAAGUCCAACCUGAGGCACCACAUGAAAGUGCACUGGAGCGGCUCGACGGCGCCCCCUCCUAUGGCAAUGAGUGCGCCCAACUUCCUGGAUCUAGUUUCCAGCCGCUCCAAGAAGUUCGUCUGUGGUCAGUGUGGUCGGUCUUAUCGCCACGCCAGCUCCCUGCUCAACCACAAGAACAGCCACAAGACCGGAACCUACUUCUGCACCUCCUGCCAGAAGGAGUUUCCUAACCUAAUGUCCUUCAAGAACCACCGGCGUAUCCACACCGAGCCCAAGCGCUACCAGUGCCCCGACUGUGGGAAGUCCUUCCGGGUGUCAACGGCGCUCAUCUGCCACCGUCGUAUCCACACCAAGGAGAAGCCGUUCUCCUGCCAGCAGUGUGACAAGCACUUCUCCUCCAAGUCCAACCUGAGGCACCACAUGAAGGUUCACUGGAGGAGCCCAACGUCGUCCAGAGGCUCCGCUUUCCUCAGCGUCCCGUCCAGACCUUUCUGAACCAGCAGCAGUUUAGUGAAAAUGAAAUCCACUUAACAGACUGGAUCCAGCUGUCAGCUCUAAAAUAUGCAGGAAAACUCCUUAAUUUAACAUUUUUAACCAGCCUCUCCUGCAAAAUCUGACUAAAUUCAGUACGAACAUGUAAAUAUUUCUAACAAAACACAACCUGAAUUUCAGCAUCUGAAAUCCAAAUCAGGUUUAAGUUGAAUUUCUUUGAUUUUAAGAAUCUGGAUCGACAUCAGACAUUCAGGUUUGACCUGGUUAGCUUAGCUUAGCUUAGCUUACCUUAGCCUGGCUCUAUCCACAGCUCAUUGAUCAGCAUGUUGUAGCUUGUUUGUACAGAAACCAAAGUGUUAGAAGAGGCAGAAUGUGUUUAAUUUUCAUGUAUCUUGAACUCAGUAUGUUAAAGAAUCAAACAUCUUAAUAUUAGUAAUGGUUUAAAAUGUCGACAGCGUUUAACUUCACUUCAGCUCUUCGGUUUAUUAUCAGGUUGACGUCUUUUACGACCAAAUCGCUCAAACCUGUGACGAUGUCUCAUCCUCUGAACUUCUGAACAAGCUGAAGCUCUUCUGUUUCUCAAAGUGAAACUUUAUUCCAGUUACUGAUCAGAGUUUCUCAGCUUCGUUUUUAUCUGAUGAUAUUAAAAGAUUCUGUUUGUGUUUGCUUCACCUCCAGAGAUGGACAGUAAACAAUAUGACGAUGAAUAGUGUUGAUCUGGUGGUUUACAGACUUCUGGACAGCUGGAUGAUGAGUCUUGUAUUGUUUUCUUUAGCUCUGAGUGUUUUUCUACUGCGGAGGAUAACAACUGGAUCGUGUUCCUCCGUCUGCUGACUCAGAUCUGCUUCUGGGAGUUUCUAUGUCUGCAGAUACUAAAUCCUGCUGUCCUUUACAUGUUGAACUCUGAGGGAGAGUCAAAGUCAAAUCUGGAUCAUAGAAGUGCAUCGAAACACAAAUGUCCUCUGGUGUCACCACCGUUAAACUUCAUGUCAGACCAUCAGUUCUUCACUUUAAUUUUAUUUUGUGACUUUAGUCUUGUUUUCACUCACUGUUUAGUUUAGUUUGGUUUAGUUUAGUUUUCACUAUAUCAAACUUGCUGUUACCUGGAAAGCAGAACUGGUGACAACAGAGAACAUUUGGACUCUUGGCAUUUGGUUCUGACAUUCUCUGGUCUUUUGUAGACGAUAAAUCUUCUCUGCAUGAUGAAAGCUGACAGUGAAGAUCCUUGUUUUGGUCAGAAGUGGAGAUAAACUUGUUCUCCUGGAUCAUCUGAAAGCUUCACACAGUUUAAAGAUAUGAACCAACCCAAGACAAACCUGCUGGUUCACACAAAUGUUCAUAUCUUCUGACUCUGUUUCUGUUGUCACAUGUAGUUAGAGGGUUGAUGAUCAGUAGAACACUAGAAGUGAAGAUAGUUCCUCUGCUGACCUCGUGUUUGGUCGAAGGUGAUGCGUCAGGGCGGGUUGUGGCAGCCAUUUUGGAUCCCUUCCUCAAUCUAAAUUUCUGCAUUUACUAUAUAACAUAAAUUCAUAGACGUGUUCUCGUGUUUACAGCUCAAAUUUACAAGGAAACAGCUCUCACUAUGAGAAAUAAGUCACAAGAAGAAGAAUCAUGUUGUUCUCAUAUUUUAUUGUUAUAAUUCUCAGAUGUUUUCUCCGAAUUUUACAAUCAGAGCCUUUAAACAGGACAAACUGAAGAUGUUCUGAGAUAUUCUUCUUCCUGGUCUGAGAUACAGACUUGAUCUUUAUUACAAAGACAACAAGAAAAUGCUCAUAUUAAAUCCAUAUUUGGGAACUAGGAAAUUAGUUUUGCUCUAUAAUGAGAAAGUUCAUGUAAUUAAGUCAUAACUUUGAGAUAAUCCGUUUCUGUGAAAUUGCUAUGAGAUUAUCUGAUUUCAACAAGAUAUUUGCUCAUAAUUACCUCAAGUUUAUUACUUUCAUGUUUUCUCUUAAUGAUGAGAAGUUAAAUCACAUUGUCCUGAAAUCUGAAUCAUAUAACGAAACACUAAACAUCAUAAUUAUGAGAAAACAUUAUAAUACUGUAUUUAUUCAUUACAACAAAUUCUCAUAAUUUUCAUCACGAGAAAAGUCAGAAGUACGGUAAAUAUUUUCAUACAAAAUUUUUAUCUAGCAAUUAUGAGAAUGAUCUCAUAGCUGUGUUUUCUGAUAAUUCUGUGAUGUUUUCUCUGAAUUGUAGAUUUAAACUUUUAGGGGACAAGAAACUGAAGAAGUUUUAAAGAUGAGAAAACUUGAGAUUUGGUCGUUAUUAUGAUAAAACAAGAAAACUCUCACAAAAAACCCCAUAUCUGGUUCUUAUGACCUUUUUUUCACUGUUUUGAGAGACACUUUGUAAUCCUAAAAUGAAGUCAGAGCUUCUCGGAUAAUUAUGAGAUUUUUUGUUUUAAUAUUUGUCUCAUAAUUAUGUGAAUUAAGAGAAACCAAAAACUGCACAAUGAUGUUAAUGUUUUCUAUUAAGUCACAUUUUAGUAAAAAUUGGAGUAUUACGAAAUCAUUCUCAAACAGUAUUUAUUAUGAUAGUUUCUUCUAAUUUUUUAUCAAAUGAGGAAAUCAGAAUUCUAAUAAGACUAUAUAUCCUCAUAUAAUCAUGAGAUCUGCAGGUUAAGACUGAAUAUCAGGAGCAUCAUCAGUUAUAAUGAAAUAUUCUGAGAAAAAACUCAGAUUUCUGCGCUCAAAGUUGUAAGUUUAUUGUGUAAAUAAAUUUAACAGAUGUCAGCGACACACCUGUCAUUUUGAUUCACCUCAAUUAUUUAACCAGUGAUUAGUUUUUCUGUAAAUCUGUGACUUUCAUCUAAGACACUUUCUGAGAGAAAAAUCACUCAAAUAUUCACUAAUGCUGUGUUUAGAUUUUUUACUUCAACAGUUUUGAUGCCUAAAUAGUCUUCAUUUAAACUAAAAAAAAGUUUAAAAUGAAAAAUGAUUGAAUUAGUUCUGAUUUAUCAGCCUCAAUGUGCUCAUAAUGAUCUUUUUUAAAAAAUCUAGGGAUGCAAAAUGGCGCAGCAGAGAGUCUUGGUGUUUGAUGUAUCGUCGCUGUUCGUCUGUGACAGUUUUAAUAUACAAACUCCUUUAUACUCACCUGAUAUCAGUAAAAGUGCAGAUAAAUGCUUUGAAA